AUGGAGAAGAACUUUGAGGCUAUGGAGUGUCCGGAGGAGUAUCAGAAGAAGAUCGCGGUGUACUAUUUGGAAGGCGACACAAAAGGAUGGUGGGACAGUAUAGACAGACAGCGUGGACACACCAUCACAUCAUGGGAAUCGUUCAAGGGAGAGUUUGAGAGGAAGUAUUUUCCUCCAGAAGCAAAGCAUCGGUUGGAGCGCCAAUUCAUGAACCUUGUUCAAGGAGAUAGGCCAAUGAGGAGUUACGAAUCUGAGUUCACAAGGUUGAGGCGACACGUUUUUGAUGGGCGUGAAGAUGAAGCAACUAUGAUCCGUAACUUUAUGUACGGAUUGAAGCCGGAGCUUGGAAGUCGUUUAGCUGGAAGCAACUUUAGCAGCUUAUCGGAUCUGGUGGAAAAAGCUGUUAAUGUUGAGACUGUAUUGGAGGCUGAUAGGAAGACCAUACCGCAUUCUGGUGGACCUACCAAGUUUAGCCAAGGAGGAAGAUCAAAUUUCAACAAGGGUCCAUGGUUUAACAAAGGCAAAGGGAAAAAAUUUGGAGGCCAAACCAAUUAUCGCAGUAACACCGGAGUAUGUUACAUAUUUGAUCAACCGGGACACAUUUCCAAGUUUUGUCCCAACAGACAACGGAGUAAACAGCAAGGUAUCGAUUAUCGUGGUAUCAACAACAUCACGAUAAAAGAUAAGUAUCCUCUUCCGAGGAUAGACGAGUUGUUAGACCAACUAAAGGGAGCUAGUUGGUUUUCGAAGAUUGAUUUGGCAUCAGGGUAUCACCAAAUUCCUAUUGCCAAGUCGGACAUCAUGAAGACGGCGUUUCGCACGAGAUAUGGGCAGUAUGAGUUUGUAGUUAUGCCCUUUGGUCUCACAAACGCACAUGCGGCUUUCAUGCACCUGAUGAAUGAAGUGUUUCACGACUACCUCGACAAGUUCGUGAUCAUUUUCAUUGACGACAUCCUGGUGUAUUCGAGAAGUAAGGAGGAGCACAAAGAGCAUAUGAGACUGGUUAUGGAGAGGUUACAGAAUCAGAAGCUAUUUGCCAAGUUCAGCAAGCCAUGCAAAACACCUAUGUGUUGGACGGAAGUGGGCGAAAGGAGAAUGUUUGGGUCACCUAUCGUUCAGGAGACCAUGAUUAAGUUGGAGACCAUUCAGGCCAACAUGAAGAAGGCUCAGGACCGUCAGAAUAAGUACGCAGACCAGUCAAGAAGAGAGGUAAGUUUCGAGAUAGGAGAUUGGGUCUAUUUGAAGGUUACUGCACAGAAAGGGAAGGACAGAUUUGGCAAGGUCGGGAAACUUGCGGUCAGGUUCAUUGAUCCGUACAAGAUCAUCGGGAAAGUUGGUGAGGUAGCUUACCGUUUGGAUCUGCCAGCGGAUAUGCAUCUACAUCCUGUAUUUCAUGUUUCCAUGCUUCGAAAACAUAUACGGGAUCCAAGUAUUGCUGAACCCGAGAGACUAGAGGAGUUGAGGACAAACCUUACGUAUCUGGAAGGACCAAUCAGAUUGGGAGAACGGCGUAUUCGGAAGCUGAAGAAUCGUGAGAUUGCUCAAGUACAAGUGUAUCUUAUCGCCUUCUUGGUUAGGGCUAGGGAGGAAGGUCUUUCUUUUGGCCUUAGUGAGUUCCGACAGCUCGUUCUGGUGAAGCGGAACCAGCAGAACCCUGGUACCUUCCUCGUGUCUCCGUGCCCAGGUCGCCACAUCAUCGAGGACAUCCCUUAUCGUGAUGAGAAGUGGCGCGAACAGUUUUUUGUUUUCAAGAUGGAUCGUGCAUUCAUGGGUGAAUUCGACUUCUCUCGACUUCCUCGGCGUUGGGCCGAGAAUAUAACUACUUCUGGAAGCUCCUCGAUGUCAGAUGAGAUUCGUGGUGUCAUCGGGAUUCUUCGGAGAGAUCGUUCGAAUUGGUCGACGUUUGACCAAGCUCGGAUUCGAGCUGUUUUUGCUAUGUCGGAGGGGACCGACAGGGCUCCUUUGGUUGGGGGUUCUGAGGAUGAGGCCGAACACUCCCGGGAAGUCGUAGCAACUCCUUCCGUUCAGACCCAGUCUUCAGAUCGAUUAACCAGACAGCUUGUGAGGAGGUCGUCGUUCCGCACUUCUGGGUCUGCAUCGAGGGGCCGAUAUUCUGGAAAAUCUCCGAUGAUCUCGAUUCACGACUCUGACGAUGAAGACGUAUCGGGAGAGAUGCGGCCUCCUAUCUCGUUGAGCCCGGGCUCGGAGGACGAGACCGUUGUGAAAACUCGCAAACGACGCCGAUCGUCGGAGGGUGUCUUGCCCGGUUCAUCUUACCAUAGGUUUUCUCCUAAGGGUUAUGGUUCUUUGUUUGCUGCCCAAAGUGACUUAAUUUCCCUCGCUGGUCGUAUGAGGUCUGCGGGUUUCCGUCUCCCAUCUCUUGCUUCCUCAGCCGAGAAAGAAGCCUAUGCCAAGGUUGCGGUGGCGAGUUCCAAGGUGAUGGAAGCUUUUAACGAAUAUGUUGUGGUGAUGGAAGAUCACGUCGUGGCUUCUCGGAAUGACGAACAGAUCGUGAGCAUCGGUUCUGAGAUCAAGAGGCUUUCGAAGGAGCUCGAAGCCACCAAGCGAGAAGGGAAGAAAGAUGCUGAACAGAUCGGGGCUUUGACUGAAUAUUGGAGGAGAAUUUACCUGGAGAACAAAGCUCUUACGACCCAGGUGGUUGCUCAAAAGUCAAGAAUCACGGCGCUUGAGGUCGAGAGAGAUCGGGACAUUCGUCGUGCUUCCCGUAUUGCUCGUCGUGCUAUUGCGACCCGGUACCGGGAAAUCCUUGAGUCCUUGAAGGAUAAAUGGACGAGCAAGAAGAAGGAAGUGUCUGCUGAGAUCCAGCUGCAAGAAGUGAUCACCAACAUUGAUCUUCUGAACGAGCUCAAGGAUGGGGGUCUGACUGUGGACGCUGAGCUUGCUUGUUUAAAGGAGAUGGAAGGAGAUUGUGAGGAUCUCGUCGCUUCAGCCGCCGUGCUGGAUUGGUCGAUCUCCGAGCUUGAUCUUCCUCAAUAUCUUUUGUUUUUCGCGAUCUCUGAUCGUGAUAUCUUGGAUAUUCUUAACGGAUAA